AUGUUUGAGUUAUCGAUACAAGAUAUAGAGAAUAAUAUAGAACAGUUUGUGCAUGAUUUGGACGAGGCUGUUUAUAUCUGUUCUGAGCGCGGCAUGAUAGAAGCUUCUUUAUGGGCACUUGAAAUGGUGAUUGGCUACGAUCCAAUUAGAUCAGGCAAAUGCAAAACUAGCGACGUAGAAAAACCCGACCGUGAAGCAUUGUUAUCGAUAGGAAUGUCAGCAGAUGAAUCAGACCAAUACCAUCUUGCACUAUCAUUAUUCAAAAAUCGCGAUUAUAAGCAAGCGAUAGAAGUUUUAGGCGAACCCAUGCAUCCUAAAACUACGUUUUUACGGUUUUACUCAGAAUAUAAGUUAUUCGAAAAGAAAAGUGAAGGAAUAACCUUUGAUAGAUUAGCAAAUGGCCACGAUAUAUUUUCAGCAAUGGCAACUGACAUUACAGAACUGGAAUCAUUAUCCGAAGAGCUAGAAAGACUUUUUAAUAAAAAAAAACUAGACCCAUUUGGAUUGUAUAUCUACGGCGUAGUAUUAUUGAAGCAGCACAAGAGACGAUUACAUCAAGAUCAUCAUCACUAUCCAGAUCAAAAACAAGAGCAAGAGGAGACAAAUACUUUAGAAGCCACAGCUAAAAAGGUACUGAUAAUGUCGAUACGUGGUUAUCCCUAUAAUUGGUCAGCGUGGCUGGAGCUGGCAUCAACAGUAUACAAUUACGAGCAAUAUGCCGACUUUCAGAUACUAUUAAAAAUUAGAUUGAUGGAUGAUCCAUUUAUUGAAACCCCUGUCAAAAUUAUGGUUAAUCUGAUUCUGGCAAGAAUAUGCAGUUUCCUUGAGCUCAAUAUUGAUCUGUAUGCUGAAGUUAUUAUACACUUGAAGCAAUAUUAUUUCCGCAACAGUCCUUACAUGAUAGGCGAAUGGGCUAAAUACUUGUACAUUAAGAAAGAUCAUAUUGAAGCAGCAAGAGUAUUUCGGGAAUUGAGGGCUAUGUUCCCUGCGAGAAUGAGUGAAAUGGAAAUAUACUCCAGCUUAUUGUUUCAUACAAGUGAUAAGCAAGAACUGAAAGAGUUGGCCGAUAUUUGUACAAGCACCAACGAGGGUACUGUAGAGGCAUGUAUUAUCAGAGGCAAUUAUUUCAAGAUACAGAACCAAUUUAGUCAAUCCAAUGAUUAUUUCACGAGAGCCAUCAUGGUGCAACCGGAUAAUCAUAUGGCGUGGUUAGGCCUAGGCCAUAAUUAUCUGGAACUAUCUAAACCUCUAGCUGCCGUAAAAGCCUACACUCAAGCUAUAGCGAUCAAAGAGGACGAUUAUCGUUCUUAUUUUGGUUUGGGUAGAGCCUAUGAGAUGAUGAAAGCUAUCAAAGAUGCACUACAUUACUAUCAAAGAGCGAGUGAUUUGUGUGGAGAUGAUACAUAUGCUUGGAUGUCUUUAGGUGAGAGUUUCGAAAGACUUGGGAAGCAAAGCAAGGCAAAAGAAUGCUUUGCCAAAGUUAACAUUCAGCGUGCAUAA